AUGGCAGAAGGAUUUAAAUCGAAAUAUUCAGAUACGAAUCUGUUUUUUGAUGGACGGAAAAAUCUUUACAAUGCAAAGGACUACAUUAAUAUGAGAGUUAAGAAGGAGAAUAAUGCUGAGGAAGUAUUUAAGAAACAGUUCCUUAGCAAAGAAGAUAAAAUGGUUGCAUUUUUGAUUGAGAAUAGAGAUCUAAAUAAUCCUGAGAUUAAGAAAGUAGAAACAAGCGAGUAUAGAUUAGGCAGAUUUGUUAAUUGA